CCAGAGGCUGAGCUUUGUUCUCCUUGGCAUUGUCCGCGGGGGGCCUUUCAGGUGCACAACCUUGACUCUCCCGACUACCCGCUGCGUGCAGCAAUCCCGUCAAGAUGGUGGACUCCCUCCCACUCAGCGACGUGGAAAAGGCCGUGUUCCGCUCACUCUACCUCCACGUGCGCGACGAGGACGAAGCGGUUGAUGCGGGCGAUGCCGUGGAAUUCCUCCGACUGAGCGGCUUGGAUGACGAUACACUCCAUGACGUCUGGGAGCUCUCGGAUAGCGAGGGCCUUGGGCAGCUGGACGAGAAGGCGUUUGGUGUGGCCAUGAAGCUCAUUGCCCUUGGUCAGGAUGGCAAGGAGAUCAGCGUGGAUGCCCUAGGCACCCCAACCCCGCUGCCCAACUUUGGCGAACGUUUCGCAGACGUCAUUCAAGAGGCCGAAAACAAGGUUGCCAAGGCGUCCAAGGGCGCCGUCACGACAGCCGUUGCCCCCGUUCAAUCUAAUGCCGCAGAGCGUACAGACUGGACCAUGACUGUGGAGCAGUUGCUGGCAUAUGACGAGCAGUUUGAUAAGGUUGCCAAAGGGGAGGAGGCCGUCCCGGGCGAAAUUGCGCGCGACGUCUUGGUACAAUCGGGGCUGCCCAUGGGCGAUCUCGGCGUCAUCUGGGAAUGCAGCGAUGUCGAUUGUGAUGGCGCGCUCAACCGCAACGAAUAUGCUAUUGCCAUGCACAUUGUGAGCAAGUGCAAGGCCGGUGCCCGACCUCCCAGCACUUUGCCCGCGGCCAUCCAGCUUUCGGCUUUGGAUGCCCUCCGCCCGGCACCAGUGGAUACCAACGUGCCCUGGGCCAUCACGGCGGCAGAAAAGUCAGCCUACGACAAAUUCUUCAAGAAAGCAGACAAGGAGAACAAGGGCCUGGUCACCGGCAAGCAGGCCACGCCGAUCUUCAACAGCAGCAAACUCCCCAAGGCGCAACUGGCCAAAAUCUGGGGCUUGUGUGACAUUUACUCGUGUGGCUCGCUCAACGCAGAGCAGUUUGCGCUGGCCAUGCACCUCAUCAGCAGCCGCGUCAAGGGCAAGGAGGUGCCUGAUCAAUUGCCUCUGGAGCUCGUCCCCCCCACUUGCCGCGACAAAUCCUUGACCAUGCCACCAGCCACACCCAUGGGCGGUGGCUCGCGGUCUGCAACCAGUAGCACCUCGGCCGCCUCGGGCACAAAAUCGCCUCCACCGUCGACUUCCUCGCCCACGGCCUCCAAGGCCAGUUCCAAGCCGGCCUCAAAGCCGGCCUCAAAAAGUGCCUCCAAGCGGAGCAGCACCAGUGGUGCCAACGACGUGCUUGGCGUCAAAGCUGAGCUGGCUUUGCAAGAAGGCACCAAUGCCAAGCUCCGCAGCGAGGUGGCAUCAACAUCGGCAGAGGUAGAGGCCAAGAGCCAAGAGCUCAAGGCCGCCACGGCCAAGCUGCAGCGAUUAAGGCAGGAGGAGGAUCAACUUCGCUCCCAGCUCGAUACGGGCAAGAACAAGCUGACUGAGCUCAUCGAUCAGCUCAAAAGCAUCAACGCCGACAUUGCCAAGACGCAGAAUACAAACACACGGUUGCAAACCAGCAACCACAAGAUUGAUAAAGUGUUGCAGCAGUAUAGUCAGGCACCGGCUGUGGCUCAGAAAACCGUGGCUCAACAGCAGCAGCGUGCCCCAGCCAAGGCCGACCCUUUUGCAUCCAUGGCAGCUUCGCGGGGCCAGUCCAAUGGCACACCCACUGCUUCCCCUGCGGGUCAGGGUGCACGUGCAGCUCCGCGUACAAAGCCGGGUAGCUUCAAGGACCCCUUUGCCUCGAGGCACGAGUCAAAGAGAGAGAGAGAAACAGAGAGAAAUAGAGCGCAACACAGAGAGACGCAAGAGAGAGAGACACACACAGAGAGAGAGAGAGAGAGAGAGAGAGAGAGAGAGACAGAGACAGAGACAGAGACAGAGACAGAGACAGAGACAGAGACAGAGACAGAGACAGAGAGAAUUGUGGUAUCAGUUCUGGAGGAUCCGCCUGAAAGAGCAAGAUGGCUCUCUGAACAGCUCCUAGAGGAUGUGAUUCGCGAGGACUAUGCAGAGGCCGCCGUCGUUCAGCAACAGAUUCAACAGGCUCUCGUGCAGGCUCAUCGCCAGGGCUUUGAGGAGGGCCGUGCUCGUGAGCGCCGCUCAAAAGAGCAGGAGUUGCGUCAACUGGACCUGACCUGGCAGGAGCGCAUGGAUUCGCUCAACCAACAACGCGAGGAAACGGCGGAUAAGCAAUAUCAGGAGGCCGUUGGCGAAUUUCAGAACAAGUUUAGCCUCAAGGAACUGCCAGCCUAUUGUGCAGAGCAGAAGGCGGCCGUUGUCGAUUGUUUGCAGGCACACCCUGGCCGACCGCUUGAUUGCGGCGAAAUGGUGGCCAAAUUCACCCAGUGUGCUGCUCAGACCAAGCGAAAGUAUCUCUCGAGCAUGAGCUAAGGCCUUUUCCAAGCCCGCUCGUUGUCCGAUGUGUUUU